AUGCCCUCCUCCAAGAGCAGCAGUGAGUACUGGAUUGAUGGAUCCCGCCGGGAUGCAGCCCUGGAAGAUUUCUACAUCGUGGGCCCCGAGCUGGGACGGGGAGCCACCUCGGUUGUGUACAGCUGUGAGGAGAAGGGCACAGGCAGCCCCUAUGCUGCCAAGAUCCUGAAGAAGACGAUUGACAAAAAGAUUGUGAGGACAGAGAUCGGGGUCCUGCUGCGGCUCUCACACCCCAACAUCAUCAAGCUGAAGGAGAUCUUUGAGACACCCUCUGAGAUCGCCCUGGUCCUGGAGCUGGUGACCGGAGGAGAGCUCUUUGACAGGAUCGUGGAGAGAGGUUUCUACAGCGAGCGGGACGCAGCCCACGUCGUCAAGCAGAUCCUGGAAGCUGUUUCGUAUCUCCAUGAAAAUGGAGUUGUCCACCGUGACCUGAAGCCGGAGAACCUCCUCUACGCUGACCUGUCCCCUGAUGCCCCCCUCAAAAUCGGUGAUUUUGGGCUCUCCAAGAUCGUGGAUGAGCAGGACACCAUGAAAACGGUCUGCGGGACGCCAGGGUACUGCGCCCCUGAAAUCCUCCAGGGAUGCCCUUAUGGCCCCGAAGUGGACAUGUGGUCCGUGGGGGUCAUCACCUACAUCUUGCUGUGUGGCUUUGAGCCCUUCUUCGACCCUCGUGGGGAUCAGUACAUGUAUGGCAGGAUCCUCACCUGCGACUAUGAGUUUGUGUCUCCAUGGUGGGAUGAGGUUUCCCUCAAUGCCAAGGAUUUGGUGAGAAAACUGAUUGUCCUGGACCCCCAGAAGAGACUGACUGUCCACCAGGCUCUGGAGCAUCCCUGGGUCACAGGGAAAGCUGCCAAGUUCGCUCACAUGGACAGCACCCAGAAGAAACUGCAGGAAUUUAAUGCCAGGAGGAAACUGAAGGCUGCCAUGAAAGCCGUGGUGGCCUCCAGCCGCUUGGGCAACCAUGGGCACCACGACUGCUCCCGCAGCGGCCGCAGCCACGGGGAGGGUCCCCCAAGCUCCUGCCCGCCCCAGGGCACAGGGACUGCUGCCACUGAGACCACCACCACCCCCCCUGAAGAGCUCAACGCCUUCCAGAGCGACCCCACAGCCUCCGAGGUGCCCAUGAAUGGUGCUGGCUGCAAGAGCUAA